AUGCGUUGGCUCUCUACGGCGCUUGUCAUCCUCGCGACGAGCUUGGUAACCGUGUCCGCCGCUAGCGGACCCACUCAGUGUCUCGCUUUUGACAUCAACUGGAACUUGCUGGCGUUUGGGUAUGGCGGGAAGGACUAUAAUGCUGGCACCCAGGACUCGUGGGGGACGUCAGGUAGCGCGACGGACAUUACGACGUCUGGACGCCCCCCGUUCGAUCAACCGAACGUGCAGUGUUUCCUUUCACAGCACUGCACCCGUACUAAUGCUAACCAUCAUCGUCAUCGUCGGUACCAGUUUACCAACGCCAUCUACGUCAUCAACGGCGACUCAAAAAACCCAACCACCGUCUACAUCUACGACGCAAUGGCCAAAUCAUGGUCCGCCCAAAUGACCACGACCACGCCCGCCACUUCCGGUGGACCCCAAUUCGACCCAACAAACUUUGGUGGGAUCCUCGAUCAUGAUACCAACGUCUUUUACGCCUACUCCAAUGCAGAACUCUUCUCACUCGACAUGGGUCUCCUCAAAUCCGCCAAUUCAACUGCCAUACCGUGGGUAGACGUCCAAAAACCGAAUUUUGCGACGGGCCAAUCGACGGCUUCGUAUCAGCCCGUGAUGGCCCUUGCCCAGAACCAUAUUCACUUUUUGGGUCUUCCCGGGUUGCCGGCUGGGGAUGCGAUGAUUUUUGUUAUUCAUUUCUCGUUUUUACAACCUACCCCACAGUCGUAUGGGAGUUUCCCGGCGACGCAUGGGCGGGCUGCGAGUUUCUUCCAGCAGACUGGGGUACAAACGGAAUUCGCGUUCAUACCAGACGACGGUUCGGCGACGUAUGUCGUCAAUGUCAUUACAAACACAACGAAAACCCUCACAGGCCCGACGACAAAAGACUCUUCAGCAACAUACGCGACCUCCACAUCAGCCCUUGUCCAGCUCUCAACGAGCGCAGGUGUGUCUUGGAUGGGGUAUGAUUCGUCUUCAGGGACUGGGACGGCGUGGUCGGCUGUUAAAGCUCUUCCGUCUGUCAACCUAACUUCUGUGACUUCGGGGAGUGCGAGUUCGACAAGUAGUGGUGCUGUUAAGCCUAGUGGGAGUGCUGGGACAUCAUCAGGAGGGGGGAGUAGUAGUAGUAAGUCUGGUGCGGUGAGUGGUAGGGUUGGUAAGGGGUGGUGUGGUUCGUUGGUGGUGGGUGUGUUAGGGGUGGGGCUUGGGCUGGUGGUGUGA